CGUUGUUCCAAUUUCUUAAUUUCGUUGUGGAGUUGCAGAAAUCGCAGAGUUCAGACUUUCUCUUUAGUUAUAUAUCCCCAUUUUUUGCCAAUUUCUUCUGGAAUUUACUGUCCAAUUCCUGCGCUUGCCCAAAUCCUUUGGGAAUUUACCAGGUGAGUUAUCUUUUUCUCAUGAUUUUUCUAAUACUUUUUUUAAAUUCACUUGUUUUCUGUGUUAAGAUUUCACCUUCAUCUAGUGUAGAAGUAUAAGGGAAGAAGUGCUAUCGCACACAGUUAUGAGAUAUACUUUUUAUUUCACCUGGGAUUGAUUUUAAUAUAGGAAUUAAUCAUUUUAGUCAAGGAUUUAAAAUACUGGGCUAAAUAUAAUAAUUGGAAAACUCCAAUUUAAAAUUAAUUUACUUAUGGAAUCAACAUUCAUUUUGGCUAAUAUGAAGGGAUAUUCAUAUAAUCAUAUUAUUAUUACGUAGUAUUAUGUAGCUGUCAAUUUUAGCUAUGGGUUCUCAAUUUGGUAAAUAUAAAAUCUGCAAGAGAUAUGAAGGGAUAUUCUUAUUAUUCACUUGUUGAAGUUGCUAAUGGAAAUGUAGGAAGUUGUAUCUUUGGCAACUUCAAAAUUCCUCUUUGCUAGAGUUUGAAUAGAUAAUUUUUUUGAAUCAAAUGUACUAAUUUUGUAUCGCCAAAACAAGUCUCAAUACAACUCAAUCUGCCUUAGCCAAAGCUAGAAGAAAGAAUUCUAUACAUUCAACACACUUGAAAUAUAUAAGCACUACAAUUAAACUUAAUAUCUGCAGUAACUUCAUCUUCAUGAAUCAUCAUAUUAUGCUCUCAGCCCAAUACUUACUAAAUCAAAUAUAUUCUUGUUCACUUUUUGAUUAAGAGAACAUUGACAGAAAAGGUGAUUAGUAUUGAAUAGAUAAAUUUAUACAUAUUGAAAGAAUAAAAAAUUAGAAAGAAAAAUAGAGAGCAUACUCACUUUUUAGGCUCUGUUCUUCUCGGUUGGAAAAUUAACUUCCAACUUUAUCCAACUCCUUCCAUUUUCUUCCAACUUCUUCCAGUUGUUUCCUGCUCUUUUUAGUUUUUUCCAACGACUUAAAAAUGUAUUUACAUAUGAUGACUAUACAAUAGCAUUAUAUAUCCAAAUUUAUAACAUAACAUCUAAAACACAGACAAUGAAUUCUUUUUUAUAUCCAAAAUUAGUUUUUUACAUAUUUAUUUGGGUGAUUAUUUAAUAGAAUGAUUUUUUAAUACUUUAUAUUUUCCCAACAUUUUCCAACUUCUAGCUUUUCCGAUUCCUAGUUUCUUCAAACAUCCAACUUUAGAACAUCAAACAUCGCUGUCACAUUUAGGUUUGGAAAUAUACUUUGGAGUAGGGUAACUAUCUUUGCUCAAGAGUAAAAUGAGUGCUAAAUGCAAAAUUGAAACAUGAAGUUUUUUGGGCAUAUAUAAGUUUUUUUUAAAUAUAGUGACAAUAUUGCCCUUGUUUAAUAACAAGGGUGUCACAUAGCCACACUACGAACUGUACCCACUCUGAUGUCACACUGCCAACCACAUUGCCGUUACUAGCACCACCACACUGCCAUUCUCCCUGCAACACUACCAUCGCAACCGCCACAUUUUCACCACCUUCGCCACAAUGCCACCUAUGCCGCCACACUACCGCAACCACCUUUGCCCCCACACUGCCGCAGUUGUUCUCCACUUGUGCCUUCCUCAGAGAAUCUUCCAAAUCCCAAAUCAAAUUUGUUCGUCAAUGUCACUCCAAUUCGGAAGGCGAAUUUGGAGUAAAUUCAGUCAUUCCUCUCUGCUCUUCUUAUUACAGAGUUUACCCAUUUCACUGCUUCGAAGUAAAUGGAACUAGGGUUUUUUUGUCAAACUUUAUAUGCCCGAUAAUUAUAACAUGGCUCGUGUUAAAAGUGAUACUAGGAGUCUUUAGCUCCCUCCUAUGAUUGCCUGGUUUGUCUCUCAUAGGUGAGAGUUUAUUUGAUCCGUCUCUCGUGUCUGUGAGUGUUCUUGUCUGAUUUUUUCAUCUUGCUGUUGGAUUUUCUGUUUGUGUGCACCACUUAUUGUGAGGUUUGUGGUGAUGGAAUGCUUGGUCGUGGAUUCUUGUGCUGAUUCGUGGAUUCCUAUGCCUGAUUUGCAAAACGCUCUGCUCCGACUUCUUGUGUGUUGUUACAGAUUGGGUGGUUUUCAAAAUGGAAGAUCUCCCAUUACUUGAUUUGUCUAUCGUCGAAAAUGAUCCAUAUCAAUGGAAACCAGUUUAUUCCACUUGGAUCCAUCAAGCCAGAGUUCAAUUUAACUCUCCCAUUCAUCAGAGAGAAUUUGUGGGUUCUAAUGGCGUGGCUAAAACUUUUUUGGUUUUACCACCAAUUCCCGACAACAAAAUUCCUACUUUUAAAAAUGUUAUGGUUGUAACCAACAAUUCAGUUAUUACUAUCAGAAUCAAUUCCCACAACUUGCGCAUUUGCGCUUUUCAAGUUGAGGGACAUUGGUACGUGUUUGAAGAUGCUCCUGUUGGAGAAGUAUCCCCAUGUACCACUAUCGAUGUUGCUGGAAAUUACCUUGUGCUUAAUCCGAAAGCUCCUCUUAGUCCAUUUGGUGAUCCCCGCCGAAUGUGUGAAAUCCACUUAUGUAGGAUGUCAAUAAUUACUGCAGUGAAUGUGAUUGCUUCCACAUGGCAAAUUGAUGAACAUGGAAUCGCUAUUAUUGAUGAAGCAAAGGCGAAGGCUUCGAUAAUCUUGCUUCAAAUGAUAUCAGAAUCUAUUCGUUUUCGUUCGGUAUGUGAGAUAUUAUCAGGUUUGGCAUUCGUAAUGUCUAAUCCCACUCGCCAUAAGGAAAUUUGGAAGUAUCAAAACAUGUGGGAGAGCAUUAGUGCAGAAAUUCAUGUAAUUUUCGAUACUGAAGAGCAGCCUCUCGUGGUACUUGGCAAGUACCACGAGAAGUUUUGCGUGAUCACGAGUGCCUGGGCAUAGGAAGAGUAGAUAAUGCUUGAAGUGGAUCAUUUGGUUUCAUGAAAGUUUUUUGUGUAUCUUAUGUUUCCAAAAACAUUGCAAGUGAAUCACUGAUGUGAAUUUAAUGAGUGUCUAUUUUUUAAUUAUUUUAUGUUGGUUUCUAUUUUUAAAUAAUAUUUACACUAUAUG